UCGAAAUCAUAAAAGGCGUCGCGGCGCCCAUGCUGCAAGAUAGUACGUUCGGCGGCGCCUUCUCCAGCGGUGAAGAACCUACGUCAUCGACCUCCAGAAACCCAUUUUUCUGAUGAAUACUGCUCGUCUCUGUUGAAUUUUCAUUCGAAACGUAACAGAUGUUGUUCAUAAUGCGACUACUCUCAAUCAAUUGGUGUUGCUACAAACAUUUAUCAAUCUCUAGUUACCAUUACCAGACUGUGUGUGAAAAAAAGUGCGUUUUGAACUGUUAAACUAACGUUGGUUUCGCGCCGCCCGGUAUAUCGCCACGAGUCACGUUGCCCAGCUGUUAGGCAGGAAAUAAUAAUCAGCAAGCGAUACGUCAUUGGAUUUUGCAUCACGUGUUGGUAGUAGGGAACGGAUUGGUCGGAAACAAUUUAUAGCUGGCCGGGCUUUAACUGAAUCAGAUCAGUUCAUACUUCGGACUCUGUAAAGGAGGAGCAAAUCUGAUAGAAGAAGAGAGACCCAAAAGAGAAAGUUUUCCGUCUUUUGUUUUCGUCGAGUUACCGUUGUAUGGAGCGUGAAAAACAACCGUCUACAAAAUCCAAACCGUUGUUGUCGAAUGCGCAAGCAGUCGAGCAGCAACAACAUGACACCCUCGCGGCAAAUCCGACCGCAAGUCUCAUGCUUAAGGAUCGUUGCAGACCCUAUCCUCUCUUGCCUAUCGGCGAGGAGGCAUUGGACAGCUCCUACGUGCCCACCGUGGGCCGCUGGGGCUGCGAAUGGCCGAGUUGACUCGAAACAGCUGAUUGCUGGUCUUCAAAUGGAACCCUCCUAGGGUUUAAAAGCUCUGCGCCGAGUUUUGCCUCGGCCGACUCCACUAAAGCUGAACUCAUCGGCUACGAUCAAGUGCACGGCUACUGGCCACCGGCCCAUCCUCUACCUUUGCCAAGAUGGGCGGCCCAGCCUCUUGAACCCUAUAAGUUGAGGAAUGUACUUGAAUUUGAAGAACUGGCCGGUGAAAUCGAGAUGGAGUUGCAAAAUCUGCUGGAAGAACACAAUUACGACACCGUGGGUAAUUUCCUGGAGCUGUAUCGUAGUUUCAAACGCAGCGGAUGUAGGAGCGUAAUUGAGUUCUUUCAUAAAUAUACACCUCGAAUAACUACAGAGCAUCAUACAUGCGUAGGUCUGGCAUUAGAGUUAAGAAGCAGACUCAAAAAACUAAGAGAUCGGUUCCCGGACCUGCACGAGCACAUAGCAAUAGUUUCGUGCGAGGAAAAUAUUGUGUCUGUGGCGGACUAUACCACCCUGAGAGACACAUUCGAUACCGAACCAUGCACUUUGGAAAAAGAACAUGUAUUGUUGUGUGUGAAACUGGAGUUUUCCGGAAGGAACGGAGUUUUACUAUGUGAUCCUGGAUACCACGUCGCCAGGGUGGUCACCGUCAUGGCAGAUAAAGCAUAUCCCAACACGGGAUGGUUUAUUCAGUCAGAAGAAAACAAUAUCAGAAAAGAAUACAAUUAUCAAUUCAUAGCCGCCAAGGAGACUUUCGUGCAAUGGGACGAAAGAACCACGAGGGGCGACGAUCAAAAAACGUUCACGGGAUUGAUAUAUGUGGAAAGGCCCUACUUGACUGCGAUUGACGUCACCGAGAGGAGAAAUUUGGUGUACACAUUUAGAAGUCUGUUGUCUCGAGACCAAAAGGGCCAUCUGCUCUCGGGGGUUUAUUUCAAAGUCAAACCGAAAAUGGAUGAGUUCACCAUCUUCUACCAGGACAUGGGAAAACAAAGGACCAAGAUGAAUUUUUCAGCUUUCAAACAACCAGAGGUUAACGAGGAUUUGUUAAAAAAACUUACUAUUUGCAAUGAACAACUGAAAAUGCCGUCCGGCAAGCUACUUAAUAUGAUUCAAUCGAUUGGCGAGCUGCUUAGGGACGACCAUUACCUUCGGGAGACAUUGGCCAUCGAAAACUUGAUAAAUGUUAUGUCCGAAAACAACUAGUGACACCAACCAACCAAAACCGUACUUUAUGUACUAAAUAUUUUAGGUUAGAUUAUGUGUGGAAAAUUUUUUUAGGUUUCUUUUCCCCAAGUUUCAGUGGAUUUUUCUAAAAUUAUUACAACAUUAUUAUAUAUUAUUAUUAUUAUAUGCAGAUCAGCUUUCAAGUUUAUUAGAGCAGAAUAUUAAAGAGGCUUCGUUAUUGGUAUUGGUGGUAUAAAGCUUAAGAUAUUCAGCUGGAGGCGCAAUUAGAUAAAAUACAACAUUAUAUUUUUCACGGAGGAUGCACUUCAUGUAAUUAAUUUUUGUUAUUGUAUACAUAUUUAUAGUAUUAUUUAAAUUAUAGUGUGGUGCUUGGCCGAAUUUUUUUGAGUUUUGUGUUGUUUUGAGCAAGAAAUAUAUUGUGCUUUUGCAAUAUAA